GCCUCGGUUCUUCAGCAGCGGAGUCGCUUCAGUCCGGGAUCCGAUCAGAAAGCAUGGAGUUCAGAGGAGCUGCAGCCGCUGUUCUCCUGCUGGCGCUGAUUCCGGCUACUGUUUUCUCAGCUGCUCCGAGUUUCUCUGUGGACUACAAAAGGAACAGCUUCCUGAAGGAUGGCGAGCGCUUCCGCUACAUUUCCGGCAGCAUCCACUACAGCAGGAUCCCCCGGGUGUACUGGAAGGACCGGCUGCUGAAGAUGUACAUGGCUGGACUCAAUGCCAUCCAGACGUACAUACCCUGGAACUUUCACGAGCCGACUCCCGGCAGCUACGACUUUUCAGGAGACCGGGACCUGGAGCACUUCCUGCAGCUGUGUCAGGACCUCGGCCUGGUGGUCAUCCUGCGACCUGGCCCGUACAUCUGUGCAGAGUGGGACAUGGGUGGGCUUCCUACCUGGUUGUUGAAGAAGAAGGACAUCGUCCUCCGCUCUUCUGAUCCAGCUUAUAUUGCGGCUGUGGAUAAAUGGAUGGGGAAAUUAUUGCCUAUGAUAAAGCCUUACCUGUACCAGAACGGAGGACCCAUCAUUACAGUGCAGGUGGAAAACGAAUAUGGGAGCUACUUUGCGUGUGAUUUUGAUUACCUGCGGCAUCUCAUCAGGCUGUACCGAUCUUACCUGGGUGAUGAAGUGGUGCUGUUCACCACAGAUGGAGCACGUGUGAGUUACCUGAAGUGUGGAUCCAUACAGGGAGCUUAUGCUACAGUGGACUUCGGGGCGGGUGGAAAUGUGACCGCUGCCUUUGAAGCCCAGAGACAUGCAGAGCCUCACGGACCCCUGGUGAAUUCGGAGUUCUACACUGGGUGGCUGGAUCAUUGGGGUGAGCCUCAUGCUGUAGUCUCCACAGCGAUCUUGGUUAAAUCCCUCAACGAGAUUCUGGAAGUGGGUGCCAAUGUCAACCUGUACAUGUUUAUUGGUGGAACCAAUUUUGGUUACUGGAACGGGGCCAACACACCGUACGCUCCUCAGCCCACCAGCUAUGACUAUGACGCCCCCUUAACCGAGGCUGGAGACCUCACUCAGAAAUACUUCGCCAUACGUGACGUCAUUAAAAAGUACAGGAAAAUACCAGAUGGAAUGGUGCCACCAUCUACACCUAAAUAUGCAUACGGACAAGUCCCCAUGAAAAAGUUGAGGACAGUGGCGGAGUCUCUGGAUAUCCUGUCUUUUUCUGGACCAGUUAAAAGCACUUAUCCACUCACCUUCACAGACAUGAAGCAGGCUUUUGGCUUCAUGCAGUAUCAGACCGUCCUUCCAGUGGACUGUAUAAACCCCACCCCUCUGUCCUCCCCCCUGAACGGAGUGCGUGACCGGGCCUAUGUCUCUGUGGACGGGGUCGUCGCUGGGAUCCUGGAGAGGGACAAGGCCAUCACCAUUAAUAUAACUGGUAAAGCUGGCAGCAGACUGGACAUACUGGUGGAGAACUUGGGAAGGGUCAACUUCGGGAAAGACAUCAACGACUUUAAGGGGCUGGUGUAUAACCUGACUCUGGGAGCGAGUGUACUGGCCAACUGGACGGUGUACAGUCUGAGUAUAGACGAGGCAGUGAAGGGUGGUCUCCUAUUGGAUACUGUCUCUCUCCGCCCCCCUAAAACCACCACCCCCAAAACUCCACCCACUAAACUCUCACCUCCAGCCUUCUACGCCGGAUCCUUCAGCAUUCCCGACGACAUCCCUGAUCUCCCCCAGGACACCUACAUCCAGUUCCCAGACUGGAGAAAGGGUCAGGUGUGGAUUAACGGGUUUAACCUGGGCCGGUACUGGCCCUCCCGCGGCCCCCAGAUCACCCUGUUCGUCCCGGGGUAUCUGCUCAGCACCAGCGCUCCCAACAACAUCACCGUCCUGGAGCUGGAGGCGUCGCCCUGCUCCUCAGGACCCUGCGCGGUGGAGUUCACCAACACUCCCAACAUCAACGCCACCACCAGAUUCACCACGCCCUUCAUCAGAGAUCCACUGAACCUACAGGGGCUUUUAUAACACUCUCAAUCAUUCUUAAUGAGAAAUGACUGUACAAUUCUAAUAAUCCACUCCGCCAGCUGAGCCGUGUGAUUUAGGAGCGUGAGAUUCUGCUGUCUGCACAGUUUACUGCUCUGAAAGUCUGAUUCAGGAUCAGACGCUGGGUUCGGACAUCACUGCAUGAUAAUAUAGAGCUUAAAAGCUGACACAAGUAUUUUAAUCUGUAUUUUAAUCUGUAUUUUAAUGAUGUUUUAUGGAAAGAAAAUUAUGAAUUAGAAUUUUUACAACCUUUUUUUGUAUUAAAAUCUGCUGUUAAAAAAAUACAUGCUGAAAUAAUUUACAGUUUAUAGAUUUAAAAAAACUAAUAUCCAUAAACUGAAACAUUUGAUUCAAGACAAGAAAUAUGCAUUUAGGCCAAUGGUGAAAAAAAAGAGUAGAAAAGUUUGAAUCUAAACAUUUAUGAAACUGAUUUUUGGAAAUAUCUUCUUUUUUCACAAGUUUCUCACACGUUUGAAAAAAAAAAAAAAUUUGAAUUAUGCCAUUAAAUAUUUAAGUCUAUUAAAUUUAAUUAAAGUAAACAAAAUGUAGAUUCAGAUGCUAAUGUCAGCUUUUGAGCUCCAUAUGAUUAAUAUAUAUAUACAUAUACUGGAAUACAGUAUAUUUGAACAGGAAUGCAAAACGGUGCCUUUAAUGAAGAAUUUUAUCACAAUGUAACAUUUUUUAAUGUCCAUCUCAUUUACACUGAAAUCACGUGUUAAGCUACCUCACUGAGAUUAUGUGUUUUUAUCUGGGUAACGAAUGAUGAAAUGAUGAAAGUUUACACAAAGGGAACUCCUGCUUAUCUCUGAUUUUUUUACAGGAUGAAUGACUCACUGCUUAUGUUCACAGAGCCUUUAAAUAAAUCAAAGCGGAAUUCAGAGAGGCUCUCUAUACCUGGUAAAGCCUUUGUAUCCUUCGGUAGAUUGUUCUACACUGACAUGCCAAAAGUCAUGGCACAAUUCUACACAGAUGCCACUAGUCACAGUCUUUCUCCACAUUGCUAUUUGCAGUGUUCAGCCUCACUCACAGGAUACAACCUCAACACUUAUACACUUAUACAGUUUUGUGCAUCCCCAAGCUGUCCACUGAGGUCAAAUUUUAUCAUCAGUAUGCAAUGCUAUCAGUACUAUUGUCCCAUGACAUGUGGCAUGUCAGUGUUUUAUUUAAACACUGCUGUAAUGGCUACAGAAACCGGUGGAGUCUUUUGUUAAACAAGGUGUGUUUUUAUAAAAGCUUGACUUUGGGAUGAACUGGAAUUGAGAUUUUUUUGCACUCCUCUGCUGAGAAACAUGUGCAAUAAUGUGCUGUUUUAUAUGCCAGAUGUUCAAAUCUGCCUUUUAUGUUCUAUUGCAUCUGAUUAAAACUGUGUUUUAUUUUAUAGCAACAAAUUAAAGAAUUCAUUUCAGGCCUGAA